AUUAUCCAAAUUUUAUGCUAUCCAUUGCAUUAAUCGAUAUUCUUCUAACUAUUUUAAAUUUAUAACAUAUAAAAAAAUGUCCUGCUUAAAUUUUAUAACAUAAUAGUUGCAAUAUCAAUUUUUCUUAUCUUUACUAUCUGUUAAUUUUUUCUAAACUUGAUCAUAGCAAAAUGGCUGAUUUAGAAGCUGUAUUGGCUGAUGUAAGUUACCUUAUGGCUAUGGAAAAGAGUAAAUCUACUCCAGCAGCCCGUGCAAGCAAAAAAAUAAUUCUUCCUGAUGUUAGUGUGAAAAGUAUAAUGCAAAAACAUCUCGAGAAGAUUGGGGAGCUUACCUUUGAUAAAAUAUUUAAUCAAAAAUUAGGCUAUCUUCUCUUCAAAGAUUUCUGCCAAAACGUGUACGAAGAACAAGUCCCUCAACUCGAAUUUUACGAAGAAAUCAAAAAGUAUCAAAAACUCGAAACCCACGAUGAAAGAUUGAAAUACGCCAAAGAUUUAUACGAUAAUUACAUAAUGAAGGAAUUACUCAAUACUUCCCACAAAUUUUCGACUGACACAUUAAAACGAGUGCAAUCCAUACUUAUCAGAAAUUUGGUCCCGGCCGAUCUAUUCGAACCUUACAUCGAAGAAAUACACCAAUCUUUGUGCAGCGAUAUAUUCCAACGAUUUUUAGAAAGCGAAAAGUUUACCCGUUUUUGCCAAUGGAAAAAUUUAGAACUCAACAUACAGUUAACGAUGAACGAUUUCAGCGUGCAUCGCAUAAUAGGCAGAGGAGGCUUUGGUGAGGUAUACGGUUGCAGGAAAGCCGAUACCGGAAAAAUGUAUGCCAUGAAAUGCCUCGAUAAAAAAAGGAUCAAAAUGAAACAAGGAGAAACGCUGGCUCUGAAUGAAAGAAUUAUGCUUUCAUUAGUCAGCACUGGGCAACAAUGCCCCUUUAUAGUGUGUAUGACUUACGCCUUUCAAACUCCCGACAAAUUAUCAUUCAUACUGGAUCUCAUGAACGGUGGUGAUUUACAUUACCAUUUAUCUCAACACGGGAUAUUUAGCGAAGAAGAAAUGAGAUUUUACGCCUCCGAAAUCAUAUUAGGACUCGAACAUAUGCAUAACCGAUUCGUCGUUUACAGGGAUCUCAAACCCGCCAAUAUAUUACUUGAUGAAAAUGGUCACGUUCGAAUUUCGGAUCUGGGGUUGGCUUGCGAUUUCUCCAAGAAAAAACCUCACGCCUCGGUCGGAACGCAUGGUUAUAUGGCCCCCGAAGUUUUAGCUAAAGGAACCCCUUACGAUUCAUCCGCCGAUUGGUUUUCCUUGGGUUGUGUGUUGUACAAACUGUUAAAAGGUCACAGCCCGUUUAGGCAACACAAAACUAAGGAUAAACACGAGAUAGACAGGAUGACACUAACGAUGGACGUUGAAUUACCUAGCAAUUUCUCCAACGAAGUGAGAAAUUUGUUCGACACACUCUUAGCGCGCGAAGUCGAAAAUAGAUUAGGUUGCCAGGGAUUAGGUGCGAUAGAAGUAAAAAACCAUCCAUUUUUCCGGGGCGUAGACUGGCAGAUGGUAUACAUGAGACGCUAUCCGCCGCCUCUUGUGCCACCUAGAGGAGAGGUUAACGCGGCUGACGCCUUCGAUAUAGGCAGUUUCGACGAAGAGGACACUAAAGGAAUUAAGCUCACUGAAUCCGAUCAAGAAUUGUACAAAAAUUUCCCUAUAGUUAUUUCCGAACGGUGGCAAGAGGAAAUUGCAGAAACGAUGUUUGAUUUGGUGAAUCAAGAAACGGAUAAAUUGGAACAGAAAAAGCGCAAUAAACAAAAAACAAAGUUUGACGCCGAUGAGAAGGAAUCAGAUUGUGUUAUCCAUGGAUACCUUAAAAAACUAGGAGGUCCUUUUGCAUCUGCUUGGCAAACACGUUACGCCAAGCUCUACCCAAAUAGACUCGAACUACAUCCAGAAUCUGGCAACGCUAGGCCUGAGUUAAUAUUCAUGGAUCAAGUAGCUUCCAUAGAUCACGAAUUCCACACAAUCAAAGGGGAACAAUGCAUUAUUUUAAACAUGAAAAUGAAAGACAAGAUAAUACUAACACAACAGGACGAAGUGGGGAUAAACGAAUGGAAGACGACUUUAUUCGCUACCCACAAAAACAGUCAAGAGCUCCUAUCAACGGUCGCCAAAAAAGCGAGUAAAGUUUACGGAACCAAUGCGUCCACUAACUACGUUCAGCAAAAUAUCCCGAAUAGUGCCAAUUCUUAUUCGCCCACUAACGCUAAUGCCUACGCCGCUAGGCAUCGGAGUAGCAAUUCUUCCGGUAGUAAUCCGAAUAUCAGUGGCAAGAACGCUAACAGUUCUAUACCCGUCGGGAAUUUGAACUACCACCAAAAUAAUUUCAUCAAAUGAGAAAUAAAAAAUGCUUCCUUUUUCUUAUAUACAUAACAUAAGUAUAGUCAUAAUAUACAAUUCUGUGUUUGUGUUUGAUCCGAAUAUCUUACCGAUUGCGUUGGGUCAGUUAUACAAACAAAAUUGGUGUUAAUCAGUUAUAUUGAGCCUUCGGAUUUCCCUUAUAUCAAUAUUUUAUUGUAAUCAAUAGCUACCACACAAACCGUUUUCUCCUAUAUUGCGCAGUGUCCUAUAAUUUUGCGUAAAUCUCGAAACACCUCAUCCAUUAUAAUUAUUUAAAAACAUUUUUAUGAGAUAGUAACUAGGCUUAUGAAAGAUACCCAUCAAAACCAAAUAUAAAAUCCAAAUUUUGUAAUUUCUUCUUUUACCCAAUAAGUUUAUGUUGACCUAUAAAUAUUAUUGAAUAAAAUAAAAUAUUUUUUUAAAAAAAAUAAACAGAGUACAUAUUCUUUUUUUUUCUUAUAUGAAACCCAAAGAUUAUUUUUCAUAUUUAUUGACUCAUAAAUUUUGUAUUACAUAGUUUUAUUUAUUUUAAAACCACUGAAUCUUCGAAUCGUUAUAUUUUUAGAACAAUAUAAUUUAUUCUAAAUUUAGAAAAAGUUCACGUUAAUUUGUGCAAUAAUCGUUAAUGCCAAUUUUUUAAUCCAUUUGCUUCUAAAGAUGAAGAAAGGUAUGAAUAUUUAAAAAAUUAUAUACAACGAUAAUUUAAUUUGUACUAACUUUAAAAAAAAAGAAGUUGCAACGCGCUACUUUUUAAAUAAUAAAACGGUAAUAUGCUGCCGUUCCUUUUCGAAAUUAAGGUUUUAACAUCACUAUUGUAUAGUUCCUUAAAUAUCUGUUUAUAUCUUUUCCUAAUUUAUUAAAAAUAUUAUAAAUAAAUUUUUGUCCUUUUUAACUCAAUUACUAUAUUUUAAAAAAGAUUUAAUGCCAACCCUCUGGAGAGGGAAGGGGUACUCAGAAAAUCGAAAUUCAAUAUGGCACUCCUAAAAAACUUUUAUUAAACGUAUUUUUGAGCAUCCCCCGAAAUUAAGAUAGUUAUUUUUAGCAUCCGCAUAAUUUAAUGCCUUUUUAAAUUUUAAGUAGCUUCUUGUAUAAUUUGAUAACAUGUUACAUACAAAUGAGGACACCAUAUUUGGGCUAAAAGUGCUAUAAGUUUUAAUCAAUUAAAAAAUUAAAAUAUUAUUAGUCAAUAAAUCAAUUAACUUUAAUACAAAAAAAAUAUUAAAUAGUUAUUUAUAAUUCUAAGAGGAUUAUAUAUGUACCUCACUCCUAAACACUCCCCAUACCCAUCCCAUUAAUAUGAAUUAUAUUUUAGAUAUUUUUUUUAUUAAACAUAUGUGUUGUAAAAAUUAUAUUAUGCGACAUUUUAAUUCGACUUUAUAUUUAUUAUUUAUAAAAAUCAUAUAUUCAUUAUAUUUUCGAAUUUUUAAAAUUUUUUUAUUAAAUCCAAUCAUGAUAUUAAAAUAGUAUAUAUUUUUUUAAAAAUAUCUAUAAAAUAUUUACCUAAUAUGAUAUUUAUACCAAAGAAAUAUGUAAUAUAAAUA